CUGUCCCAGGCUGGAGUGAGUGGCACUGCUCCUCUGAAGAGCACACAGUCAGCUCAACGGACGAGAGUCUUACAGUAGAGCUCCAGCACGCGAGCUAAUCAGCAUCAUCUCUGCCUGACCCAUCCAAAACAAUUCACAGAAGGGAAAUACCAGGAAGAUAAUGACCUAAGAGUUGUCCUUUUGCAGUUAUUUGAAAUUCCAUAGAAAGACUGCGGAAUACAGCACUCUGAAUUCUGUAUUCCAGAGCUGUGUAUUCCUACGCUUUUGUGGACAAUGGGGAAGAGACGGUUGUUACUGUAUGCCCUCUGGGGUGUAAUGGUUUUUGGCCUAUUCCAAAAACUUGAAGCUCAAGAUGCCCCUGCGCCAGCCGACCUUGUACUCUUAAUUGACGGAUCAGAGAGCGUUGGAGCUGCCAACUUCCCCCUCAUCAGUGAUUUGGCUGUCCAAGUGAUUGAGGGGCUUGCCGUGGGCAGGGACGCAAUCCGUGUAGCCCUCGUGCUUUAUGGUGCCGACCCUGAGAUUCAGUUCUAUCUCAAUAGCUAUGACAACAAAGAGAGUGUCCGCAGUGCUAUCCGGGGGCUUAAGUACCCUGGCAGUAAUGAGGCAAAUCUGGGGGCCGCUUUGGAGGAGGUGGCAGACAGUCUAUUGGGCCAAGAUGCAGGAGGCAGGGCUGAGGAAGGGGUACCCCAGGUGCUGGUGGUGAUCAGUGCUGGGGAGUCCACUGAUGAUGUCAGUCAGGGCGAGAAGACCCUAAAGCAGGCCAGUGUGUACACCUUUGGCAUUGCUGUGGGUGAUUCUGCUACUGCCCAACUGGAAGCUAUUGCUACAGACAAAAGCUUUGUUCUGUCUGCUCCUGAUGUCAGAACAGUGGCAAGCAUGGGUGACCAGAUACUGCCAUACAUUAAUGGGGUCGCCCAGCGCACCGUUGUGAUUGAAACAGAUUUCACAGAAGCUUUGGCUGUUGGGAAGAGAGAUAUAAUUUUCCUCAUUGACAGUAGCAUGGGUACCAUCGUAAUCAAUGCAGUGCGAGAAUUCAUCAAAAGGUUUAUUGACACCAUGCCAAUUGGUCCUGAUCAGGUGCAGGUCGGAGUGGCCAUGUUUUCUACCACCCCAAGGAUGGAGAUCAACCUCAACUCAUUCAGUUCAAAGGAAUCACUAAGCUCUGCCCUCGCAAGAAUAAAACCAAAAUCUUCGGUUGAAGUCAACAUUGGUGCUGCCUUGGAUUUUGUGAGGACCAGCAUGCUCACAGCUGAGAGUGGGAGCCGUAUUCAAGACCAAGUGCCACAGCUUGUGUUGCUCCUAACCAGUAAAAAAUCCAAAGACAGUGUCCAACAACCAGCUGAUGCCCUUCGUCAAUUGGGUGUUCUGACUUUGGCUGCAGGCUCCAGGGCUGCCGAUGAGGCUGAGCUCAGGCAAAUAGCUUUUGAUGACAGUGUGGUUUUCAUGCUGAAGGACUUCAGGAUGUUGCUGCGCAACCCCAGAGAAAUUAUCUCCCCUCUCUCUACAUUGUCUGGUAUUGUUAUAACAGAGGGUCCAACUGAAACAGGCACAAUUGUGGAUGUUACUACGGUCCACACCCAAAGAGUUGUCCGAGACUUUGUCUUCUUGGUGGAUGGAUCUAACUAUGUUGGAAAUAACCUGCAACCUGUGCUGGACUUCAUUACUGAAGUGGUGAACAGACUAGAUGUUCGACCUGAGCGAGUGCGCAUUGGACUAAUGCAGUUUGCUGAAAGCCAGCGUACAGAGUUUUAUCUGAACACUUACAACACCAAACAGGAUGUGCUCUCUGCCAUUGCUCGGCUGAGAUUGAUGGGAGGACGUGCAUUGAACACUGGUGCAGCCCUACAGUAUGCCCUAGCCAACCACUUCCAGCCCUCUGCUGGGUCACGUAGGAAAGAGGGGAUCCAGCAGGUACUGGUUUUAAUAACAGGAGGACCUUCUCAAGAUGAGGUCAAGAGGAUUGCAGACAGUGUAGCUUUAGCGGGUGUUUUGACAUUUGCUGUUGGAGCUGGCCAAGUGGAAGAUAAUUUCCUGAGAACUGUUGCUUUUGUUGAAAAUUUGGCAUACUACAGAAGAAAUUUUGCUGACUUGUCAAGUGUUGUUGAUGAAAUUAUGACACCACUGGUCACUGUUGUUGGGGAGACUGAUACUUCAGUAACAGUAUUUGAAACACCAAGUCCCUCUGGAGGAGAAAGGGAUGUUGCAUUCUUGAUUGAUGGCUCUGAUGAUGUGAGAAGUGACUUUCCCUAUAUCCGUGACUUCAUUUCCAAAGUCAUUGAGCCUCUGGAUAUAGGCUUUGAUAAAGUACGAGUUUCUGUGGUCCAGCAUAGUGAGAGACCAAGUCCUAACUUCUACCUGAACACUUACCGAACCAAAGAAGAGGUGCUGAGAGCUGUAAGUGGACUCACUCUGGCAGGUGGCAGAAGUUUAAAUACUGGAGUUGCCUUGACUUUCAUGAAAAACACCAUCUUGUCACCAGUAAAUGGUGGUCGAGCCGGUGAAAAUGUUCCCCAAUUUUUGAUAGUUUUGACUGGGGGGAGAUCAAGAGACAGUGUCAGAGAACCUGCAGUUGCCCUAAAGACUGAGGGAGUUGUUCCUUUCGGUGUUGGAGUAAAAAAUGCAGACCCGAAACAGAUUGAAGCCAUCUCUCACAAUCCAUCAUUUGCUUUCAAUGUGAAGGAAUUCAGCCAGCUCAACACUGUUCAGGAAAGGCUCAAGAACUAUGUGAACCUUCCAGAUCAAGAACUCAAGGUCUUUCUAGAGGAAGUUGAAUUGGAUGCAGCUCAAAGAGACAUUGUCUUUAUUCUGGAUGGGUCUGAUGACACCAGGGAUGCAUUUAAACAAAUGUGUCAGUUUGUUCAAAGUGUGGUGGACAAACUCAAUAUUGGGCCAAGCAGAGACAGAGUGUCUGUAGUUCAAUACAGCAGAGAGCCACAGGUCCAUUUUUACCUCAACACACAUGCCACAAAGCAAGACAUUCUCAAUUCAAUUGAGAGUCUGAAACACCAGGGAGGAAGUCCCCUCAACACGGGAAGAGCCCUUGACUAUACCAAAAAGAACAUAUUCAUUGCCUCUUCUGGGAGCAGAAUCCUAGAGGGGGCUCCUCAGGUGCUUGUGCUUGUGACUGGAGGAAGGUCUCAGGAUGACGUUAGAGCUCCAGCUGCUGCUCUGAAAAAGGAUCAAAUUGUAACAUUCAGCAUUGGCAAUCAAAAUGCAGAUGUUAUUCAACUCCAGGCAAUUUCAUAUACUCCUGGUCAUGCCCUUACUGUUCCUCAGUUUGAUGACCUUCAAACCAUUGAACAGAAACUUGUAUCAUAUUUAAAAAGAGUUCCUCGUCAGCCCAGGAGGCUUCCACAAACUACAACAGAUGCUGGAAAGAGAGAUGUUGUGUUUUUAAUCGAUGGCACUGAUGAAACAAAGGAAAGUUUCUCAGGAAUGCAGAACUUUGUUCAGACCCUGGUUCAGAAACUGAAUGUGGCACCAAAUAAAGACCGUAUUUCAGUGGUCCAGUACAGUGAUGAUGCAGCCUUUGAUUUUCUUUUGAAUACAUAUUCAUCAUCAGAUGAUAUUAUAAAUAAUGUGAAACGUUUAAUUCAUAAAGGAGGAAGGCAGCGCCACACUGGGGCAGCCCUACAAUAUGUUAAGGACAACCUGUUUACUGCUGCUGCAGGGAGUAGACUUUCGGAGGGUGUGCCACAGGUUCUAAUUCUAUUGAACUCUGGAAGGUCCAAUGACGAAAUACGUGGUCCAGUCAAAGCUUUGAAAGAUAUUGGUGUCAUUUCGUUUAGUGUUGGUACCACAAAUGCUGAUACACUUGAGUUACAAACAAUAUCCCAUCAGCCAAACUACUUUUUCAUUUCUGAUUUUGAGAGCAUUCUUGAUGUUCAAGAGAAUAUUUUAGCAUUAAUAAACAGGGUAUCUUACCAACGGCUACCAACAAUGACACCUCAGGUCUCUGAAUUUGUCAAAAGGGAUGUUGCAUUUCUUAUUGAUGGAUCUGAUGAUUCUAAAAUUGGUUUUGAGGGAAUUCGCAAUUUUAUCCAGAGGGUAGUUGAGAGUCUAAAUGUGGAGGAAGAUCUUGACAGGGUGGCGGUUGUUCAGUACAGUCGGGAUCCCACAGCUAAUUUUUAUCUCAGCUCAUACUCAACCAAAAAAGAGGUACUUAAUUCCAUACGAUCUAUGAGGCACAAAAGUGGAAGGCCCCUGAAUACUGGAGCUGCUCUACUGUUUAUUAAAGAAAAUAUUUUUACACAAUCCUCUGGGAGCAGACUUCAUGAGGGUGUUCCUCAGAUUCUGUACUUAUUUAGCGGUGGUAGAUCUGGUGAUGAUGUCAGAACCAUUUCCCAAAGAUUAAGAGAAAAAAACAUAAAAGUCAUUACAAUUGGCACAAGUAAUUCUGAUACACUUGAGUUACAGACAAUGUCUACAACACCAGCGUAUGCUUUCUCUGUUCCUGACUUCACCUCCACCAACAGCAUUGUCCAAAGAGUUGCCUCUGUUUUGACAAGUGGUGAUGAAAUUCCUGAGCAAUUUCCAACUCCUGGGGUGGAGUCCCAAGGACCUAAGAAGGACAUCAUCUUUGUGAUUGAUGGCUCUGAAGGUGUUGGCAGAGAGUUCCCAAUUAUCCAGGAGUUUGUGCGCAGAGUUGUGGAAAACCUCAAUGUUGGCGAGAACAAGAUCCGAGUAGGCGUGGUGCAGUAUGGAGAUUCCCCGUAUGCAGACAUAUACCUCAACUCACACAGGACCAAAGAAGGUGUUCUAAAUGGCAUUAAGGAACUCCGACAACGAGGGGGGAGACAGCGUAACCUUGGUCGGGCCAUUGACUUUGUUAGUCGUGAAGUUCUGGCUUCUGGGCGUGGUGGAAGGAAGCAGGAGGGAGUUCCACAAUUUGUUGUUGCGAUUUCAGGAGGAAAAGCAACAGACAAUAUAAGACCAUCUGCAACUGCACUGAAACAGUCAGGAGUCAUCCCCUUUAGCAUAGGAACAAGAGACGUGGACACUCAGGAAUUGCAGGUGACAUCCUAUGUCCCCAGAUUUGCCUACACAGUUGAUGACUUGCCUGGACUAUAUACAAUUCAGGACACACUCAUCACCACCCUGACAGAGCUAUCUAGUGAGGAGUUAGCCAAAUUGCGCCCUGUAUACCCUUCAGAGACUGUAAUUCCAGUGCCAGUACCUCGUGGAGAUAAAAGGGAUGUUGUUUUCCUUAUUGAUGGCACAACAAGGAUGCGGAGUGAGUUCCCUGCCAUAAGAGACAUGGUUCAGCGAGUGGUGGAGACGUUAGAUGUGGGUCUAGACAAUAUUAGAAUCUCAGUUGUGCAGUACAGUGAUGAUCCCAAACUGGAGUUUCUUCUCAAUGAGCACUCCACCAAGGAGGAAGUUCGCCAGGCAAUACGAAGAAUGAGAAGCAAAGGUGGCAAUCAGCUUAACACUGGCCAAGCUCUGGAAUACGUUUCAAAGAAUAUCUAUCAAAGAUCAGCUGGAAGCCGUGUAGAAGAGGGUGUGCCCCAGUUUCUCAUCUUGGUAACCGGAGGAAAGUCAAAUGAUGAUGUGUCUGGCCCUGCUAACCAACUGAAGUCAAGUCGUGUUGCUCCCUUAGCAGUUGGAGCUCAUAAUGCUGAUGAAGAGGAACUAAAAUUAAUUUCCUUUAGUCCAGAACUAACAUACACCAUUAGAGAUUUCCAGCAACUUCCAAGAGUGGAGCAACAGCUUGUAACCAAAGUCAGUACCAUGACCAGAGAUGAAAUUUCGGUCCCCCCUACGCCUAGAGUCCCACUCAGUCUUGGAAGAAAGGACAUCAUCUUCCUCAUUGAUGGCUCUGAUAGUGUUGGACAAAACGGUGUUGCUCACAUUCGUGACUUUAUGUUGAAAGUGGUUGAUCAGCUUGAUGUACAACCUGACCAAGUUCGUGUGGCUCUUGUGCAAUAUGGUGAAAGGCCUAAAACUGAAUUCUCUUUGAACUCUCAUGACAACAAGCAAUCUGUAAUCUCUGCAAUUAAGAGAUUGCGCCAUAUGGGUGGACGCGGUGCCGAUCUAGCUGAGGCGAUAAAGUAUGUCAUUCGAAACGAGCUCCAGGCAUCUGCUGGGGUACGUCUAACACAGGCUUCCCAGCAUUUAGUUGUGCUAACUGGUGGAAGAUCAACCUCCGAUGUAUCUUCUUAUGGCCCACUUCUCAAAGGCUCUCGCAUCAAUUGUAUAGGAAUUGGUGCAGAAAAUGCAGACUCAAGACAGCUGGCACAGAUUACUACCACUGCUGAUGACGUCCUGCAGGUGGCUGCUUUCCCAAAUCUUCCGAACAUACAGAGCAAGUUUAUAGCCAGACUUAAUGGAACGAUUAUAGAGGAGACCCCCACUGACCCUGACGAGACAGGUCCUGGGCUCCCACAGGCCAAGGCUGCUGAUAUUGUGUUUUUGGUUGAUGGCUCAAUCAAUCUUGGCAAGGACAAUUUUAAAGAGGUCAUGGAAUUCAUUCUUAAUUUAAUUGACCUGUUCUUCACUGAGAGAGACAAUCUUCAGAUUGGUCUAGCACAUUAUGCUACAGAUGUGACCGAUGUAUUCUACCUCAAUACUUACAAAAAUAAGGAUGACAUUAUUAAUGCCAUAACUCGAACCGAGUACAAGGGAGGUCGGGAAAUUAAAACAGGCAAUGCCAUUCGCCAUGUUCAGAAAACACACUUUGUCAAAGAAAGAGGCAGUCGGAAGGAUAUGGGAAUUCCACAGAUCCUGAUGGUAGUCACUGGUGGACGGUCAAGGGAUGACAGCAAAUCAGCGGCACUAGCUCUCAAAGCCAGUGGUGUGCGCAUCUAUGCUGUUGGGGUGGGUGAUAUUGAGGACGAGCUCAAUAAUUUGGGCAGUGAAGCUACAACAGUGGCCAGAGCCAGCACCUUCCAAGAGCUCUCUGAACUGAAUGAGCAGAUUUUGGAAACACUUGAUGAUGAGGUGAAAGGAAUAGUACUGUGCACUGGAGUAAAGGAUACCACAAGAGCAGAAUGCAAGUUGGACGUUCUUGUGGGGUUUGAUGUGGCUGCACAGAACAUCUUUGCUGCUCAGAAAACAUUAGAGACGAAGGUGGCUACUAUUCUCCAACGCAUUACCCAGAUGCAGUCCAUCAGCUGCACUUCUGGUCAGGUUCCCUCAAUACGAGUGGGCAUGCUAGCAAUGGACUCUGCCAAUGAACCUGUUCAACUGGACUUUACCAACAGAUACACAGAGCUUAUUGAGCCCUUCAAGGUCCUCCGAAACCGUGGACCUUUUGUUCUAAAUGGUGCCACAAUCAAAGCUUAUGCUGAUAGAUUCAAAAAUCUGCCUUCAGAUAGUGUCAAGGUUGUGAUCCACUUAACUGAUGGAUUAGAUGCCCAGUAUAACAUCCUGAAAGAGCGAGUUGAACUGAUGCGUUCAGCUGGUGUCAGUAGUUUCAUUCUUGUUGCCCUGGAGAGAGUGCCACGAUUUGAGGACGCAGUUCUCUUGGAAUUUGGCCGUGGCUUUAGGUACACACGACCUCUGCGUGUCAACCUCAUGGACUUAGAUUAUGAACUUCUGGAAGAACUGGAUAACAUUGCUGAGCGGGAAUGCUGUUCUGUUCCAUGCAAGUGUAAUGGCCAGAGAGGGGACAGAGGAACUGUUGGUGUUCCUGGAUCAAAGGGUCAAUCUGGUGGUCAAGGCUUGAGAGGACAUCCUGGUGAUGAAGGUGGUCCGGGAGAGAGAGGUCCACCUGGUGUAAAUGGAACUCAAGGAUUCCAAGGAUGUCCAGGUCAAAGAGGUGUUAAAGGAUCUCGAGGAUACAAUGGUGAAAAGGGUGAAAUUGGAGAGAUUGGUUUAGAUGGAAUCAAUGGAGAGGAGGGAACAAGUGGUGUUGCUGGCCCUCCAGGAGAUAGAGGAAACCCUGGCCAAAGGGGACCUAAAGGGGCCAAAGGCCAGUCAGGAGAUGUUGGUCAGACUGGAAUUCGUGGUGAUCCCGGCAUCCCAGGAAGAGACAACAACCAGAGGGGACCAAAAGGUGAUCCAGGCGAUGCUGGCCCACCGGGAGAGCCAGGAGUGGACGGAAAUAAAGGAGGACCUGGUGAACCAGGCAGACUGGGCCCUGAUGGUAGAAGAGGGUCUCCUGGUCAAGCGGGUGCUCCUGGAAGGCCAGGAAGUGAUGGUUUACCAGGAGAGACAGGAAUUGGAGGUUCUCGGGGUCCCGCUGGACCAAUUGGAGCACCUGGUAUAAGAGGAGAGGAUGGAAACCCUGGUCCAAGGGGGCCAGGAGGACUGCCAGGACCUGCUGGAGAAAAGGGUAGAAGAGGUGCCGUUGGCCGGAAGGGUGAACCAGGAGAGCCAGGACCUAAAGGUGUCGUUGGACCCCUGGGAUCCCGUGGGGAGCCUGGUGAAGAUGGACGAGAUGGGUUUGGUAUAUCUGGUCCCAAAGGACGAAAGGGUGAUGAAGGUUUCCCUGGUUUCCCUGGUCUAAAGGGUGAAGCAGGUGACCCUGGUUCAAAGGGAGGACCUGGACCUAGAGGAAACAAUGGCCAGAGAGGUACCUCAGGGGAACCUGGUGGACCUGGACAAAAGGGAGAUAUUGGAUACCCAGGGCCCUAUGGUCUAAAAGGACCCAGAGGAACUGGUGCAGUGCAAUGUGAUCUGGUCAAGAAAAUUAGGGAUAACUGUCCCUGCUGCUAUGGUGCUCAGGAAUGUCCCCUAUACCCUACCGAGUUGGCCUUUGCCCUGGAUGCAUCGGAUGGUGUAUCACGCUCUGCUUUCAACAACAUGCGUGACACUGUUCUCCGCCUGGUCAGUGACAUCACUAUUGCUGAGAGCAACUGUCCCCGAGGUGCCCGUCUUGCUCUAGCACUCUACAACAAUGAGGUGACUACUGAGAUCCGCUUUGCAGAUUCCCAGAAGAAGCGGGCACUUAUUGAGCGAGUUCAAGGGCUCCAGACUCAGCUGACCCGUAAGCAGCGCAGCUUGGAGACAGCCAUGAACUUCGUCGCACAGAACACAUUCAAGAGAGUUCGCAGUGGGUUCCUUGUGCGCAAGGUUGCUGUUUUCUUUGUCAAUGGCCCUGUUACAGUCACUCAAGAAUUCAGUACCGCUGCUUUGCGCCUCUACGAUGCAGGAAUUUCCUCUGUAUUCCUUCUUAACCGUGAAGAUCGCCAACUCACAAGAGCUUUGCAGCUUAACAACACUGCUUUAGCCCAGAUUAUCGUCCUACCCUCACCUGGAAGUGCUGAAUACAACAAUGUCAUCAAGAAGAUCAUGACCUGCCAUAUCUGCCUGGAUUUCUGUGCCCCGGAUCAGAUGUGUGGUUAUGUCCCACCACGUGGAGUCAGGGGCCGGAGGGAUCCCACCACUGACUUGGACAUCGACAUGGCCUUUGUUCUUGAUAGUUCAGAGAGCACCUGGCCCUCCGUCUUCACAGAGAUAAAGCAAUAUGUGGCUCUAAUGAUAGAACAGCUAGAGAUGUCCCCUGAGCCAGCCAGCACUACCCAUUAUGCUCGAGUAGCACUUGUUCAGCAUGCACCUUAUGAAUACUUGCACAAUGGCAGUGGCAUUCCCAUCAGCGUGACCUUUGGGUUGACAGAUCACAAGUCACCAAACAGUGUUCGAAGCUUUCUACAGGAUAAGGUGCGCCAGCUUGAAGGAGGACGGGCCCUUGCAGAUGCUCUUGAAGGCACUGUUGAACAUGUGUUUGAGAAGGCACCACAUCCUCGCCAUUUGAAGGUAUUAGUUCUGUUGGUGACUGGACCAGUUGAACUGCACGAGGAGAGGAUAAUAAGGGCAGCCACUGAAGUUAAAUGCAAAGGAUACUUCAUAGUGGUGAUGGCAGUUGGAAAGCAGUUCAGUUCAGGUGAUGUCCGUGUCUUGGCCCAAGUGGCGAGCGAGCCUUCAGAUGUAUUCUUUAAGAGGGUGGAUAGACCUUCAGGCUUCUAUGAUGACCAUAUUCAGACAUUUGCCAGACUGUUGCCCAAGUACCUUGGCCUUGAAAAUGCUUUCUACUUGUCACCUGAAGUCUCUAAGAAGUGUCAACGGUACCAGAGUGGCCAGCCACACAAAUUCCCAUUCAGUUUGCCAAAAACAGAGGAGAAACACCAGAAGCAUCAUGGACAGCAGGAGGUUCAUGACAGAAAACAUAAAGAAACAGGUAUGGAGAAAAUGCAUCUGGUUAACGUCACCUCCAGCGGAUUCUCCCUGCAGUGGUUGAGUGGCGAUUCAAAGGCCACCCAUGAGGUUACUGUGACUCGCCUGAGGGAUCAUAGUCUGGUGCUGAGGAAAAAUGUGACCGGCAGCCUUCUCUCCAUUUCUGAGUUGGAGGCAGCCGAAACUUAUCAUGUAGUGGUCAAUACUCACAGUGUCAAUGGUCAUGUUGCCAGCACCUACAAAGGCAUUGUUCCCACAAAAUCAGCACAUUUGAAGGUCCUUACUGUAAGUGACGUGAUUGGGAUUGUGCCCACUGCACCCUUGAGUAAACCAGAAACAAAAUCAGCAGAACAAAAAAUACUUAAUGCCAGUGAAAUGAUGGGGAUGAUGUCUACUGCACCCUUGAGUAAACCAGAAAUUAAAUCAGCAGAGCAGAAGGUUCUUACUCCAAGUGAGGUGAUGGGGAUUGCACCCUUAAGUAAACCAGAAAUUAAAAUGACAGAACAGAAGGUUCCAAGUGAAGCAAUGGGGAUUGUGUCCUCUGCACCCUUAAGUAAACCAGAAAUAAUUAACAAUCUUAUGGACCCAUGUUCACUUGACUUUGACACUGGACUGCCAUGCAAAGAUUACCAAGCUAAGUGGUACUUUGACAGAAAGAAUGGAUUCUGUACACAGUUCUGGUAUGGAGGUUGUGGAGGAAAUGAUAAUAGGUUUGAGACUGAGGCUGAUUGCCUCAAACGCUGCAUGAAGCCAGUGGCUGAACCUAAAGCAAGUGAAGAGCAUGUCAAAGCUGUUCUCCCCCCAGCACCAGCUCCAGCUGCCCUGCGCUCCGGUGUGGAUAUCUGCAAGCUACCAAAAGAAGAGGGCUCCUGUGCUAAAUUUGUGCUUAAAUGGCAUUAUGACCCGCUUAGUGGGAACUGUACCCGCUUCUGGUAUGGAGGAUGUGGAGGGAACCAGAAUCGCUUUGAUACACAAGAUGAGUGUGAGAAGGCUUGUGGAAAAGCAGCACCUGUUAAACGAGGGAUCCUCGCUGCAGUUAAAACAUAGGAACUAAUGAAGACUGUAAGCUAACCGCUGACAACUCUCAGAGGAUAUAGCACCUAAAACAAGAAGCACAGCUACAGCCAAGAUGCCUGCACUGGAGCUUGCCAGAGGAUUGAUCCAAAGAAAACCUUGAAGUAGUAUUUUCCACAUAAGAAAAAAGCAGAACAAGUUUCUUUGUUUCGUGCUGGUGCUACAUUCUGUUUUUUUUUUGUUUGUUUUUUUGUUGUUGUUUUGUUUUCAUGUGUGUGUGGGUUUGAAUAAAAUCCAUUGUAAAUGUCCAGGGCAAUUUUUUUUAAAAUGUUAUGCUGUUUUAAUCAUGUGGUUUGCUUGUGGAAAUAUCUUGAUCAAAACAUAUCAGUAAAUCUUUGUAGUUAUGAGACAAGUUCAUGACAAUUUAGUUCCAUUUUAGUAAUUUUUUCUAAAUUACUUCAGUCCCCUUAUUCAUUUUUUUAACUGCUUGAGAGGAAGAAUUUUAAUUGCUCUUUCUGGUCAUAUCGCUGGAGAUCUCCACUGACUCUAAAAUCUCCAAACAAAUGUUAGUUUGAUGUUUGAUAAAAUGAACAUCAUCCGAAAGCAAGAAAGUAAUUUCUUUAAAUAAAUAUGCAUUUUUGGAACCAUUGCCUCUACACACAAGUUUUGGUUUCAAAAAGCAAUUGGAAUGUAUUUUUUAAACCGUAUGUUUUGGGGUGGUGUUUUUUUUUUUUUACUUUGUAUUUCACUUGGAAAUGGGCAGAUAUAAAUAAAUUAGUCUUUAUAUAAAACUUU